AUGGCAAAAACGACUUGGUUCGACGUGCUUCAGCAGCACAUCAAAAUCGACAUUGAUUGUCUAGACCCGGCCGAGACCGUCGCUCUUCUGCCGUUCGUGCCGUACGAUCAGACGAGCAACCAGCGGCUGGUGUACCUACAGAUGGUGGCCCCCUCGAACCACGACCUCUUCCUGCAAACGGUCCGGGACCGCAAGGACGACGGCUGGCAGGCAAUCCUCGACUGCAUGAGUGUCCGUCUCUGCGCCCUCAACAAGGACAAGAUCCGCGGCCGCUUCCACCUCCAGACCUCGCCGUCGGCCGCCUACGACGAGGCCCAGACGCUCGCCCACGCCCGCUCCUACGCCCGCGAGUUUGCCGCCGCCGGCAUCCCGCGCGACCGCUUCUGCAUCAAGAUCCCCUCCACCGGACCUGCGCUGCGCGCCGGCCGCAUGCUCUUGGACGAGGGCAUCCGCACGCUCGGCACGUCGCUGUUUGGCGUCCCGCAGGCCGUGGCCGCCAGCCAAGCGGGCUGCCUCUCCAUCAGCCCGUAUCUCAACUUCUCCUGGUACCACGCGGACCGCACCCAGUGGCCGGACGUCGCCGAUCCGGCCCUCGAGCACCCCAUGGCGCCGCGCCUCGUGCAGAUCUUGCACGCCUACAAGAAGCUCGCAGACGCGACCGGCCAGCCGCAGCCCAUGCUCAAAAUGGCCAGCUUCCUGUCCCCGAUGGAGGCCAUGGCCAUGGCGGAGCUCGGCUGCGCGCACGCCACCAUCCCCGAGAACAUCCUCGCCGAGCUCGCCGCGCGGGACGUGGAGAGCACCCCGCCGCCGCCGUACCAGAGCGCGGCGCCCGGCCUGCCGGCGGCGCGCCUGACGCACCUAGCGGCGACGGAUCCGCUGGGUGCCGCCUGGGACGGCGACGUCGACGUGGAUUAUCUGGCGAAUGGGGGCGAGGCGCUGCACAAGGCGAUUGAGGCGGACCCCAUGACAAAGAGGGGACUGGCGGAGGCGCUGGACAUGUUUCGCGAGUGUGAGAAGCAGAGCCGGGAAGCGAUUGAGCAGGCGAUGAAGCAGGUCUAG